AUGUCCGCAAGCUUAUCAAAACUUUCAAAAAAUUUAAUUACACCCGGAUUUGAAAAGUUUAGAGAGACAGAAAAAUAUUUUUCAUCUCAAGAUUUACCACUUGUUACCCGUAAGGGAGUCUACCCUUAUGAGUAUACAGAUAGUUGGGACAAGUUGGAAGAAACUGUUUUGCCUCAGAAAGAAGAUUUUUACAGUUCACUGUACGAAUCACAUAUAAAAGAUAAACAUUAUGAUCAUGCGAAGACUGUUUGGAAUCAUUUCAACUGUAAAACACUAGGGGAAUACUCCGAUCUUUAUUUAAAAAUUGAUGUACUACUGUUGGCUGAUGUGUUUGAAAAUUUCCGAGACCUCUGUUUAAGCACAUACCAUCUGGACCCAUCAUUUUACUUUACAGCUCCAGGUUUUAGUUUUGACUGUAUGUUGAAAUACACUUCAAUGAAGCUGGAAUUGUUGACAGAUUAUGAUAUGUUGUUAAUGUUUGAAAAAGGAAUUCGUGGUGGCUUGACUCAGGCGAGCAUGAGAUAUGCAAAGGCUAAUAAUGAAAAGACACCAGCUCAUGAUCCAGCACAACCGAAAUCAUGGCUUGUUUAUCAGGAUUGUAACAACUUGUACGGUUACGCAAUGUCACAUUACAUGCCAUACGGAGGUUUUAAGUGGGUUGAACCAAAACUAGAUGGGUUAAAUGAUUUAAACGAUAGUUCACCAAUCGGACGGAUGUAUGAGGUCGAUAUAUCAUAUCCAAAAGAACUUCAUGACAAACACAAUGACUUACCAUUCCUACCAAAAAAUGAUAUCCCACCUGGUUCAAAAGUUAAGAAACUUAUGGCGACUUUAGAAUCAAAGAAAAACUAUGUAAUCCAUUAUCUCAACCUACAGCAGGCCAUAGCCAACGGACUAGUAGUGGAAAAAGUUCACAGAGUUGUACAGUUUAAUCAGUCAGACUGGCUUAAAAAAUACAUAGAAUUAAACACCGAGAUGCGGAAAAAAGCAAGGAACGACUUCGAAAAGGACUUUUUUAAACUUUUAAACAACGCUGUCUUUGGGAAAACUAUGGAAAAUUUAAGACGGAGAAUUAAAAUGGAGCUGGUUUGUAGUGAAAAACGUUUGCAAAAACUUAUAAAUAAGUGUACGUUUAAACACUGUACUACAUACAGUGAAACUAUCAAUGCCAUUUCGUUGGAAAAUAAAAUCAUUGAUUUUUGCAAGCCUAUUUAUAUAGGUUUUGCAGUGUUGGAAAUUUCUAAGACCGUCAUGUAUGAUUAUCACUACAACGUUAUGCAAGCCCAUUAUGGGGAUAAAAUUGAGCUCAUGUAUACCGAUACAGAUUCACUGGUAUACUAUGUCCAGACCGAAGAUUUUUAUAAAGACCUUAAGAAUAAUUCCAAUUUACUUGAUCGAAUGGAUACAUCAGACUUGCCAUCAGAUCACCCUUGCUACAUUGCCGAACGAAAGAAGAUACCAGGACUCUUUUCCGAUGAAACCAACUCAGAGGUAAUGACACAUUUUUGUGCUCUCCGUGCAAAGUCUUAUACAUAUAAGAUCAAUGGGAAAGAGAAGAUCAGGGCAAAAGGAAUCCGUGGCCAUGUAGUGAAAAACCACAUGAACUUUAACGAUCAUUACCGUUGUCUGUUUGGAGAUGCAACCUUGGAAACUAUGACAGAAAAUGUAUCUAUACGUUCAUUCAAACAUCAAUUGAAGACCAUCAAGUCAAACAAAGUGACUUAUAAUAGUUUCGAUGACAAGAGGGUUAUACUCGAGGAUAAAAUACAUACUCUGGCUCACGGUCACUACUCCAUAGAGUGA